UAGGCCGCCUUCCCCAUUCCGGCCAUAGUCAAACCAAACCAAAUCCUCGCCUCGCCACCAUGGCCGACGGCGCCGGCAGCGGCAGGUCCCGCCUCAGCGCCCUCCCCAACGACCUGCUCCGCCACAUCGUCACCUUCCUCCCCGUCAUGGAAGCCGCCCGCGCCGCCACCCUCGGCCGCGGCUGGCGCCACCUCUGGCGCUCAUACCCGCUCGUCCUCAAGGAUGCCGACAUCCCCGAGCGCGCGCGCGACGCCGCAAUCCCCCGAGUCCUCGCCGACCACCCGGGCCACUUCCGCGCCGUCAUCCUCUACGACUGCCGGCUCGCCUCACUGGACCGCGAGCUCCCCGCCUGGCCGCGCCUCCUCGUCGACAAGCGCACGGAGAAGCUCGUUCUCGCCUACAGUUGGGUCGUGAACCAGCCCAACCCGGGGCGCCUUCUUCCCGCCGACAUCCUCCGCUGCGACUCGCUCCAGGAGCUCACCCUGGACUUCUGGACGUUCCCCAGCGGCGCCGAGGUCGUUCUUCCCCGCCUCCGGAUUCUCGCCAUGGUAAGGAUUGGCAUAAGCGAGCAGGAACUGGAGUCCUUGAUCGCUGCCAGCCCCGUUCUAGAGUCCCUUCGGCUCACCCUCAAUAGCCCCAAGCACGUCCGGCUCCGCAGCCAAAGCCUCCAGUGCGCGCUCGUUGGGCUAUCCAGAGUGGAGUUCACCCUGGUGGACACGCCGCUCCUGGAGCGGCUCUACUUGUUCCUGCCGCCUACUGGUGUGGUGGGGUUCAGAAUCGCUUGUGCUCCCAACCUGCAGGUGCUCGGCUACCUGGACACAAGAGCUCACAAGCUGCAGAUUGGUAACAGCGUCAUCGGGUCAGACACAAUGGUGAGCGCAAGCACUGUGGUUCGAAGCGUCAAGAUAUUGGCGUUAACUGUGAAUUUUGGUGUCUUUGGGGAGGUUAAGAUGCUGGCCAGCUUCCUCAGAUGCUUUCCCAAUAUUGACACGCUGCACAUUGAGUCUGCACCGCAUGAUCCAUCUGUAACUGCCAAUGAACCCAGUGGGGAGCAUCAUGCCAAGUUCUGGCAGGAGAUCAGUCCGAUUUGUUGCUUGAGAUCACAUAUCAAGAAGAUGGUUAUUCACGAUUACCGAGGGGAUCAAAAUGAAUUUGAGUUCCUCAAGUUCAUUGCCAUGAAUGCCCAGGAGCUGCAGUCCUUACUGAUUGUGCCGCAUGAAGGAAUUUUGUCUUCAGCUGACAAGGUGAAUGAGAUAAAAGACAAAUUGCAGUGUCUACAGUUUCCAACAGGUAUCUCUGCAGUGCUGCAGCUGUCACCUAAAGCAGGCACUGGUUUGCGCUUGGAGAAAGCAUCCAAUCUUACAAUCGAUGACCCUUUUGAAUGGUGAAUCCAUGGUUAAUUCGCUGUAUGUUUACAUGCCUGAUCCAUACUUUUUGAGGAAUCAUUGACUGUUGUCUGCAAGAUCUUGAUGUUUAGUUUCUUGUAGGCAUGCCUUAUCUUGAGACAUGGCUGAGUUUUCCAACUACCAAGAGUAUGUAGGAAUUAAAGUGAGCAGAAGUACUUGAGAGACUAGUGUUAUUUUCAUGUGUCUGUCUCGAUAUGACAGCAGUUUGCUUCUGGAUAUAGUGCGCCUGUUUUUUA